GAACAGCUGCGCCGCGCGUCCCGCAGCCAAUGAGCGCGGCGCUCGCCUGACGUCCCCGCGCUCUGCGUCAGACCAAUGGCGAUGGAGCUGAGUUGGAGCAGAGAAGUUUGAGUAAGAGAUAAGGAAGAGAGAGGUGCCGGAGCCGCUCCGAGUCCGCCGCCGCCGCAGCGCCUCCGCUCCGCCGACUCCGCCGGCUUAAAGUGGACUCUCGGAUCCGCGAGGGCGCGGCGCAGCCGGGCAGCGGCUCUCUCAGCCUUGGCAACCCCAGGGGCCACUAUUCCCCACUUAGCCGCAGCUCCAGCAUCCUCUCUGUGGGCUGUUCACCAACUGUACAACCACCAUUUCACUGUGGACAUUACUCCCUCUUACAGAUAUGGGAGACAUGGGAGAUCCACCAAAAAAAAAACGUCUGAUUUCCCUGUGUGUUGGUUGCGGCAAUCAAAUUCACGAUCAGUAUAUUCUGAGGGUUUCUCCGGAUUUGGAAUGGCAUGCGGCAUGUUUGAAAUGUGCGGAGUGUAAUCAGUAUUUGGACGAGAGCUGUACAUGCUUUGUUAGAGAUGGAAAAACCUACUGUAAAAGAGAUUAUAUCAGGUUGUACGGGAUCAAAUGCGCCAAAUGCAGCAUCGGUUUCAGCAAGAACGACUUCGUGAUGCGCGCCCGUUCCAAGGUGUACCACAUCGAGUGUUUCCGCUGUGUGGCCUGCAGCCGCCAGCUCAUCCCCGGGGACGAGUUCGCGCUGCGUGAGGAUGGGCUCUUCUGUCGCGCCGACCACGAUGUGGUGGAGAGGGCCAGCCUGGGCGCCGGCGAUCCGCUCAGUCCCCUGCACCCUGCGCGGCCGCUGCAAAUGGCAGCCGAGCCCAUCUCCGCCCGGCAGCCGGCCCUGCGGCCCCACGUCCACAAGCAGCCCGAAAAGACCACCCGUGUGCGGACUGUGCUGAACGAGAAGCAGCUGCACACCUUGCGGACCUGCUACGCCGCCAACCCCCGGCCAGACGCGCUCAUGAAGGAGCAACUAGUGGAGAUGACGGGCCUCAGCCCCCGCGUGAUCCGUGUCUGGUUUCAAAACAAGCGGUGCAAGGACAAGAAGCGGAGUAUAAUGAUGAAGCAGCUUCAGCAGCAGCCCAGUGACAAAGCUAAUAUCCAGGGGAUGACAGGAACUCCCAUGGUGGCUGCCAGUCCAGAGAGACACGAUGGUGGCUUACAGGCAAACCCAGUGGAGGUGCAGAGCUACCAGCCGCCCUGGAAAGUACUGAGUGACUUCGCUUUGCAGAGUGACAUAGAUCAGCCUGCUUUUCAGCAACUGGUAAAUUUUUCAGAAGGAGGACCAGGCUCUAAUUCCACUGGCAGUGAAGUGGCGUCGAUGUCCUCUCAGCUCCCAGAUACACCUAACAGCAUGGUAGCCAGCCCUAUUGAGGCAUGAGGAACAUUCAUUCCGAUGUAUUUUUUUUCCCUGUUGGAGAAAGUGGGAAAGUAUAAUAUUGAACUCUGAAACAAAAGUAUUUAAAGACCCAGUCAAUGAAAACUGAAUCUGAAUCGAGAAAUGAAUGCUCCAUGAAAUGCACGAAGUCUGUUUUAAUGACAAGGUGAUAUGGUAGCAACACUGUGAAGACAAUCAUGGGAUUUUACUAGAAUUUAAACAAACAACAAACAAAACGCAAACCUAACAUACGCUAUCCAGUGACUUUAGGAGUUCUGAAAAAAAAAAGACGUUUUUAAAACGUAGAGGAUUUAUAUUCAAGGAUCUCAAAAAAAGCAUUUUCAUUUCACUGUACAUCUAGAGAAAAGCAGAAAUAGAGAUUUUCUAGUCCAUCCUAUUCUGAAUGGUGCUGUUUCUAUAUUGGUCAUUGCCUUGCCAAACAGGAGCUCCAACAAAUGAGCAGGAAGAAACUGGCCUCCUUGGCUGAAAGAGUCCUUGCAGAAGGAAGGUGGAGCUGCGUUGGUUUGCUAUGUUUUUAGUUGACUUUAAGAAGCGGUUAAUUGAAAUCCUGGGUCUCUCAGCAUGUCCUGUAGCUGGUUUCUUUCUUUUUUACUUUUGCCCCCCCUUCUCUUUUUUUUUGAGAUCCAUCCUCUAUCAAGAAGUCUGAAGCGACUUUAAAGGUUUUUGAAUUCAUAUUUAAAAACCAACUUAUAAAGCAUUGCAACAAGGUUACCUCUAUUUUGCCACAAGCGUCUCGGGAUUGUGUUUGACUUGUGUCUGUCCAAGAACUUUUCCCCCAAAGAUGUGUAUAGUUAUUGGUUAAAUGACUGUUUUCUCUCUCUCUGGAAAUAAAGAGGAAAAAAAGGAAACUUUUUUUUUGUUUGCUCUUGCAUUGCAAAAAUUAUAAAGUAAUUUAUUAUUUAUUGUCAGAAGACUUGCCACUUUUCAUGUCAUUUGACAUUAUUUUUUGUUUGCUGAAGUAAAAAAGAGAAGAUAAUGGUUAUACCGUGGUCUUUGAAUUAUAUGUCUAAUUCUAUGUGUUUUGUCUUUUUUCUUAAAUAUGUGAAAUCAAAGCGCCAUAUGUAGAAAUAUAUCUUCAGGACUAUUUCACUAAUAAACGUUUGGCAUAGAUUAAUAAAUAAAUGCAAUGAUCCAGGGUCCCUCUUUGAUAUGUUUACAAGUAAGCCGUUAAAAUGUCUGAAAUUAAGAACUGCAUGUGAAUCGCGAUAAACUGACAUACAAUAGGUGUAAUAUUUUAAUGCAGGUAGUUAAGGUUGAGCUUGCCAGUUUGCAUUUCAGUAGUUGAAUCAAAAUUAGUUGGAAGGAUUUAGUUCUCAGCUGUAAUAAAUGUUACCGGUCUUUUGAAAUGAGAUGUUAUCCCCUUCGUCCUGCUCCCCGCCUUUUCUGUUUCAUGUAUCUUCUCUUGUUCUACCCACCUCCCCACCCCACCUAAAAAGAGUGCUGCUUAAAACUGGUUCUGAGUCACUAUUCUAUUUCCUUAGAAUAGUGCUUUAUGCCAAAGUCUGCUUAGGAUUGUUGAAAUGACCUGUAUUUGAAGUAUAAGCUCUUGCUAAAAGAGAGGCUUUCUUGCCUCGUCAGUGAGGUAUGACCAUUAUUUACCAGUGGCGGCUGUCAGCCGAUGAAGAAAUGCUGCUUUAUUUGCGCAGGAAGAGCACGCCAAGAGAGGAGAGUUUUCUUAGCAAUUCCCAGACCAGUCAGUGUGUGUCUUUUCUUGCCUCUCUCGCAGCCCCCGCCCCCAACUCGUUCCCUCCUCCCCCAACUCCAAUUCCGAAACCCUUGGAAGGACCGGCUAGGGCGGCGAACCGCGGCGGAGGCUGUGUUGGGGACCAGCCUUUUAGGGGCUGGGGCCGGGUCGCGUGCUCUGCGGGCCUCCAGCGGCGGUAGCAGUCACGCGGACGUGCAAGAUUUUUAACACCUUUUAGCCCCUGGCAUUUAGCCGUAGGGUCUGUGCGAGAGAUAGAACCCAGGGAUAAAUGGCCCUGCCCGAAAUCGGGCUUCUCCAAGCUUCUUCGUUUGCGGCUGUAGAGUUGGGAUUUGGGGCCCCACCCUGUCCCCUUUCCUCCCCUCCAACCCCACCUCUAAGAUAGUUUGACUCUUUAGAAGUUGGAUUCAUUUGUAUGCGCGAGUGUACUGUCGUUUUAAAUAUCUGACAAUUCUUAAUA